CAAGCUGCCCGGGAAGAGCCUGUCCCCGGCCCUGACCACCUCAGCCCCCAGCCACGUGUGCUCGGGAGACCACGACUACUGCAUCCCAGCUGCGUCGCGGGCGGAGAGCACCAGCAGCAGCUCUGGCAUGCAGCCCCCCACCGAGGGCGGCUCCCGCUGGAACGUCAAACACCACCGGGACAUCACUAUCAAACCCAUCUCCUCCUUAACCAAACGGACGCUGGACCAGACCAAGCCCACCCUGCCAGCCCCCCCAAACACCGUGGGGCCCAGCCAGGAACCCCUGGGGCCGGCCUGCCUAGCCCCCCUGGAUUAUCGGACUAGCGUCCCCAACAAGGCCACCGCCAGUUCGGAUGGAGCUAGUGAGUCCUCCUCUUCAUCUUCGUCCUCGUCCUCCCGAUCCCGCUCACGGUCGUUCUCCCCACCGCCCAAGCGGUGGCGAAGGUACCGCUCAAGAUGUUCCCACAGCUCCUCCUCCCGCUCCAGCUGUGGGUCAUAUGGCAGAUCCCGGGACAGGUCCUCAUCCUCUUCAUCAACAUCCUCCUACUCAUCCAGGUCCACGUCCCGCAGCCAGUCCCGCUCCCCCUCGCCUCGCAGGAGGAGUAACAGGCGGAGAAGAUACAGUUACGACGCGCAGGACCACUACCAAAGGCAGAGGAUCCUCCAGAAGGAACGUGCAAUAGAGGAGCGGCGUGUUGUGUUUAUCGGCAAGAUCCCCAGCAGGAUGACGCGGUCAGAGCUGCGGCACCGCUUCUCGGUGUUCGGGGACAUCGAGGAGUGCACCCUGCACUUCCGCUCCGAGGGGGACAACUACGGCUUUGUCACCUACCGCUAUGCCGAGGAAGCCUUUGCCGCCAUCGAGAGCGGGCACAAGCUGCGGCGCCCGGACGAGCAGCCCUUCGACCUAGCCCUGCGCCUUGUGCUCCGGCGGCCGCCGGCAGUUCUGCAGGAGGAACUAUGCCGACUUGGACUCAAACCGGGAGGAUUUCGACCCGGCCCCUGUCAAGAGCAAGUUCGACUGCGGCAGGCCCAGCGCAGCCUGCGGAGGUAG